CUAGCAUGUGAAAAACCAAUCAAAAUAACAACACCAUUAGCAUACAGUUUAAAACCAUUCAGGUACUUUUUUUCUUGAUAAUAAUCACUUAUUGUAUUGAAUCUAACCUUCACCAAAUUAUAAUUUUGAAGACGAAAAAAAAGAGAAAAUGUAUCAUCAACACCAUCACCACCAUGGAAAGAACAUUUACCAAGAAAGGAACUCAUUCAUUCACGGAGUGAAUGGAGAUUCAGGUCUUGUGCUCUCAACUGAUGCUAAGCCGAGGCUGAAAUGGACGCAUGACCUGCACGAACGGUUUGUCGAGGCGGUUAACCAAUUAGGUGGAGCAGAAAAAGCUACACCGAAAUCAGUCUUAAAACUUAUGGGAAUUCAGGGGCUAACAUUGUAUCACCUGAAGAGUCACCUCCAGAAAUAUAGACUAAGUAAAAACCUAGCAGCACAAGCUAAUAGUGGGAACAAUAAAGCUUGUAAGGAAUCCUAUCUUACAGCACCAGCAGAUAAAGUACCUGAGGUAAAUGGAACUCGCAUGAAUGAUCCAAAUAUUGCAACCCAAACAACUAAAAAUAUACAUUUGGGAGAAGCAAUACAGAUCCAAAUUGAAGUGCAGCGAAGAUUACAUGAACAGCUAGAGGUACAACGUCAUCUGCAGAUGCGGAUAGAGGCCCAAGGGAAAUACUUGCAGUCUGUGUUAGAGAAAGCACAGGAAUCACUCGACAGGCAGAACUCAGGUACAACUGGCCUCGAGGCUGCAAAGAUUCAGUUAUCGGAAUUUGUCUCCAAAGUAUCAACUGGGCAAUGCCUGAGUUCCACAUUUUCAGGAAUUAAAGAACACUCUGAUCUACACGUGCAAACAAACCACACAACCAAAUUUUCAGAUGAGAGAGAUUAUCUUAUGAUGAUGAAUGGAGAUGGUGACAAUGAAUUUGCAGCUGGAACGGAUUUCAAUAAUUUAUCAGUGAGCACAGGCUUUCAUAACGACAAUUGUCCAGAAGAUGACCGACUCUUUUACCGAAACACAGAUAGCAAUGAUUCAAUUAAACACGAGAAGCAUAGAAUAUCACCAGAAGUGAAAUUUCCUUAUCUGUCGACAAAACUAGACCUCAAUGCCGACGGCGAAGGCAGUGUUGCUUCAGGUUGCAAGCAAUUGGAUUUAAAUGGAUUUAGCUGGAGUUGAGAGGCAAUUUAUCAUGAUAGCUACUGCUCAGCACACGCGCACGCACGCACACAAAUAGAGAUUUGGAGCAACAAACCUUGUGUCUUCAUUUGAUUAUAGGCAUAUAAUAUAAAUAACUAAAAUCUCCAAAUCUUUUGGAGCACUGUAAAAUUACCAGGAUUUCUGGAUUUUUAUGCAUACACUCAAUUGCUUGGCUUAGUAUAUCUGAAUGUCUCCAACCAUUAUCAUGCAAUUCCUUGUUUCUCUAUGUUUGAAAAGAACAGGGCGCAUAAAUUUCUAAGUGAAAGCUACUUAAAAU